CCUGCUCCCGACCCCGCCCACCUGGCCCGGGCCCUGGUCCUUCGUGGGCCGCCUUCGGCCGCCAUGGGCUCGGAGAUGGAGCCGCUGCUCCUCGCCUGGAGCUAUUUUAGGCGCAGGAAGUUCCAGCUCUGCGCAGAUCUGUGCACGCAGAUGCUGGAGAAGUCCCCUUACGACCAGGCAGCUUGGAUUUUAAAGGCACGAGCACUAACUGAAAUGGUAUACAUAGAUGAAAUUGAUGUAAAUCAGGAAGGAAUUGCAGAAAUGAUGCUGGAUGAAAAUGCUAUUGCUCAAGUUCCACGCCCUGGCACAUCUUUGAAACUCCCUGGAACUAAUCAGACAGGAGGGCCUAGUCCAGCUAUCAGGCCAAUCACUCAAGCUGGAAGACCCAUUACAGGUUUCCUUAGACCUGGCACACAGAGCGGAAGGCCUGGCACUAUGGAGCAGGCCAUCAGAACUCCCAGAACUGCCUACACAGCUCGCCCCAUCACCAACUCAUCUGGAAGAUUUAUCAGGCUGGGAACGGCUUCCAUGCUUACAAGUCCUGAUGGGCCUUUUAUAAACUUAUCUAGACUGAAUUUAACAAAAUAUGCCCAGAAACCUAAAUUGGCAAAGGCUUUGUUCGAGUAUAUCUUCCAUCAUGAAAAUGAUGUUAAGACCAUUCAUCUUGAGGCUGUCACUCUACAUCUUGGCAUUGAUAUGAUGGUGUUAAGGAAUAGCAACCACAUUGAAAAAAAUGCUUUGGACUUGGCUGCCCUGUCCACAGAGCACUCUCAGUACAAGGACUGGUGGUGGAAAGUGCAGAUUGGAAAAUGUUACUACAGGUUAGGAAUGUAUCGUGAAGCAGAAAAACAGUUUAAAUCAGCCCUGAAGCAGCAGGAAAUGGUAGAUACAUUUCUCUACUUGGCAAAAGUUUAUGUCUCAUUGGAUCAACCAGUGACGGCUUUAAAUCUUUUCAAACAAGGCUUAGAUAAGUUUCCAGGAGAAGUAACCUUACUUUGUGGAAUUGCCAGGAUCUAUGAGGAAAUGAACAAUAUUUCAUCAGCAGCAGAAUACUACAAAGAAGUUCUGAAACAGGACAAUACUCAUGUGGAAGCCAUUGCCUGCAUUGGAAGCAACCACUUUUAUUCCGAUCAGCCAGAAAUAGCUCUGCGGUUUUACAGGCGACUCCUGCAGAUGGGUGUUUAUAACUGCCAGCUUUUUAACAAUCUGGGGCUCUGCUGCUUCUAUGCCCAGCAGUAUGAUAUGACUCUGACCUCGUUUGAGCGUGCCCUUGCUCUGGCUGAAAACGAAGAAGAGGCAGCUGAUGUCUGGUACAACCUGGGCCACGUAGCUGUGGGCAUAGGAGACAUGAACUUGGCCCAUCAGUGCUUCCGGCUCGCUCUGGUCAACAACAACCACCACGCCGAGGCCUACAACAACCUGGCCGUGCUGGAGAUGCGGAAGGGCCACGUUGAGCAGGCAAGAGCACUGUUACAAACCGCGUCAUCCUUAGGACCCCAUAUGUACGAGCCACAUUUUAAUUUUGCAACGGUCUCUGACAAGAUUGGAGAUCUGCAGAGAAGCUAUGUUGCUGCUCAAAAGUCAGAAGCAGCAUUUCCAGAUCAUGUGGAUACCCAACACUUAAUUAAACAGCUAAAGCAGCAUUUUGCUAUGCUCUGACUGUCCCACAGACCAAGUUUAUUCUUGGGCAUAGGAUAUAUAUGAGGGGGCAUUACACAACGGAAAUAGGAUGUUUAUAUAUAUAUAUAUAUAUACAUAUAUAUAUAUAUAUAUAUAUAUAUAUAUAUGCAUGCUAUACAGACCUGUGCUUAAUACUAGUGAAGAGGACAUAAGGGAGUUUACAUAAGAAUUCAUAAGCAGGGCACCUGGGUGGCUCAGUGGGUUAAGCCACUGCCUUUGGCUCAGGUCAUGAUCUCAGGGUCCUGGGAUCGAGUCCCGCAUCGGGCUCUCUGCUCAGCGGGGAGCCUGCUUCCCUUCCUCUCUCUCUGCCUGCUUCUCUGCCUGCUUGUGAUCUGUCUGUCAAAUAAAUAAAUAAAAUCUUAAAAAAAAAAUUCAUAAGCAAACUUUAUAAUAAUAACUUAUAUAGUAUUAUAAAAGAUAGGAUUUCAUGUUUGUAAGUAGAUCAUGAAAACUUCUCCCACAUUAUGUGGUAGAUGUUUAUAAAAAUGUUUACAAAACAUUUUCAUGAAUUUCCUCAAAUUUUUACAAAUGCAUAUUUUUAAUGUUAAGCUGGCCAUUAGCUAACAUGUAGCUUCAGAGGUCUGAAGUCACCAUAAAGAUCACACUUCUUUGGGUAAAAAUGUGUAUAUUCAUCCCAGUUAGAGACUUUAUUUAGAACUUAAAAAUUGUAUUUAAAACUAUUUCUCAAAGGCUUUACAAGACACUACACAUUUUCUUAUAUACUAUGCUUUAAAAUAAAUCAGUGUGUAAUACACCAAUAUUCUGUCAUUCUUCAUGAGUUUUUAUUUUAGACAUCUCAGCUAAAAGAAGUUUUUCAGAAGUCCUGUGACCUUAGAAAUCAAGUCGUUAUUUUAAUUUUACUUGAUGUGCCACCAAUUUUGUAUUUCCCUGAGAAGCUAUUUACGGACUAUCGUAUUAUCAGUAUAAGACUAUCAGUAUUAGAAACAGAGUCACAAGCCCAGAGCCCCACCUGCGGUCGCCUGGAGGUUAGUCCAGAUCCCAAGACCCUGCACUGCAAAAUCCUGGAAAGACUCUUGAACUCGUCUCUUCCCAUAUUUAGUGGAAUUCUCAUCCAUGCGUUCACACAAGGAAAUGUGUCAAAGGGACAAAGCCACUCAUUCAGAUUUAGGACUGUGAGACCCCUCACUGUUAUUCUUUCAGUUUUUAAUGUCAUGAAAACUAUUUUACAGAUACUUGUUUCUGUUCAGAUUAGCUGAAAAAGCUGGGAGUUCGAGGAAUGAGGGCAGGGACUUCAGAGGAUGUGUAGUCGAAGGUCUUUGUGGCACAGAUGACCAAAGCCAGGCCCAGGGUCGCACUGCCGGGCGGUGGUACGGUCACAACUAGAACCCAAGACCUUGUUCUUGUGCUCUCCCUUUUCCUGCUUCUCCGGGACGUGCUAGUCCUUAGCUUUUUAGCUUAUGAGAAUUUCCUCAAGUGCCAUCCAAUGUCCUAAUACUGUAUUCAAUAUUUAGGUUGAAAUUUUGUCAUGUGAAUCAUUUAAGCUAAAAUAAGCGCUAACAGCAGCAUUUAUGGAGGGCGUUGUACGUGCCCAGUACAGUUCUAAGCGCUUGAUGGGGAUUAUUCCUUUGAUUCCCGCUGCAGUCCUAGAAGGUGCUGUUACUCCUGUCUUCCUUGGUAGAAAAAUGAGACACAGAGAAGUCAAGGAACUUGCUCAAGGUUAUAAAGGGUUAUAUAGCGUGUAAGUGGCAGAGCUGGGAUUCAAAUGCAGAUAAUGUGGGCCCCCUGAGGAUGUGCUCUUAGCCCUCCUGAGAGAUCACCUCAGGGUUUCUCCUGUAAAUAAAGCUACGCCCAUUUCAAAUGAAUGUUCUACGCAUUAAUAAAACUGGAUAGUAUGGGAAUAUUAACACAGCAAAAAAUAAAUGAGUCAGUAUUCCUAAGGUAACAUGGAGCUAUUUUUGUCUGGAGUUUAUGUUAAUUCAGUGUGAAGAGCAAUGCAAAGAAUGAGUCAGGACGGCUCCCGGUGGAACGAGGGCAGAAAAGUACACCGUGCAGCCAGAGCUAGAUACAUCUUUGUAAUAGUUAUUUCUGGAACGCAUCUCUGGCUUCGGUGCCAACAUUUCCGUAGAAGGAAGGUUACCAGUUGUCUUCUGCCCUGGCUUAAAAAAUUCGAGUUACAAAUUCCUCCACCAAAAUCAACAUCAUUGAGCUUCCCACUGAUGAAAAGAAGACCUGGCAAGACCCCAGCCAACACAGUAAUUGCUGGGGUUUGAAGGUCUUCCUUCCCAAGUAGGUCACGUCCGAACCAGUCCUCUAUGGUUCUCAUUGCUCUGUUACGUUUCCAAAUGACAUGUCCCAGCAUCAGAGCACCCAACAUCAUUUAAGGCCUAGAGAUAAAAUUCAUAAAGAGAGCACAUCACUACACUUUUAAUGUGGUUUCCACCACUAACUCUUCCUUAACAUGAGGGAUUCCUAUCAAAAGCUUUCAGCUGGGGUUGAGUUUAAGCAUUUUGAAAAACAAAGAUUUCCGAAAUACUGUGGUAGGACCCAACACUGGAAAAUAAUGAACCCAGAAAUGGAGUUGAGUUAAAAAGCCAUUACUGGAUAGUUUUAAGUUCCAGGAGACAGAUAAAUGGGAAUGGUCUGCGGAUAUGUUCCAGACUCCCAAAAUGGUUAUCGAGGCUCAGAUAUUAGGGGAAAAAUUUGAUUCAGCAAUUUGAAAACUACGGCAGUUCUACAUCUUUCCACGCAGACGGCAUUCAUCCUAUUUUUGGCUGACUAAAAAAUUAACACUUCUGAGAGAUGCUGUGAUUUUAUAUCCUUGCUAUUAAAGCCAAAUUCUUGAGAUGAAGGAACAAAGAUUACUAAAGGUUGAAUUAUAAUCGUGGGGGACUAUACUAUUUCCUGCACUGUGACCCUUCCCCGUCCCCGAAUCCUGACUCGUCAGGAGUAAUUUCUUAGUGGAGUGUAAAGAACAAAGCUCUUGGAGAAAACCACCACUUUAUCUCAGGGAAGAAAAGGCCAAACUUAGACACAUUUUAGGAAGACAGGUGUUUUU